AUGUACGAGGUUGAUCGGUACUGGAAACCCGCUUUCGGUUUCGACAGAUCCUCUUUGGACGAACAGACAAAGUCACUUGUCUUGCGUUUAGACUCUUUGGAUGCUUCUGUUUCUCAUCUCCUGGGACUACUCCAGACUGGUGCCAAAGCCAAACCGAAAAAGCCAACGCAAGCCCCGACAAAAACACCGCAAUACGUUUCAACCCAACCAGCGUGUGCCCAGACUGCUGCUUCAGGCCAUCAUAUCAAGAUAUUGUCUACUUCCUCCUUGGCUGUCCAGGCCAAUCCAGACAGACCACCAGUAGCUGCUUUAUUGUUUUGUCACGCUUUAGCCGCUCAUGGCUGCAGCGUUGUCGUGCCCUCCUAUGUUCACUCUAGUGUGGGUCAGCUUCCCUCGAACCUCACAAGUCUCCUCGAAGCCCUAACUCCUAAAACGUCAUGUCUAUCCAAUCAUUCGUUAACCCUUAGAAUCGUUUGGACUCGCUCGCAUCCGGACUGCACAACGUACCUCGACAUCAAUUCAACCAUGCUUCACGGGGAGGUAAUGCUUCUUCUGAAGUUAGCUGAUGUGAUUUCAGAGCCGGAUGCUUCAGAACAAAGCGAACUUUUGAUGUUAAUUGACGCACUGCAUAGAGAUACAGGCCCGACAACUAUUUUGAAACAACUCGCUCAAAAGCCUCAUUUCCAGAGUCUGAAUCGAAACCUCCCGAGUGUUCCAGACUGCUUCCUCUAUGUUACCCUCGAGCAGCUGAAUCUUUUCACCUGUCUCCCAUCGGCACUCACUCAUUGGUUGAAGUUUUGUUCAAAAUAUGAAUCAUUUGCCUUACUGGGUCGAAAUUGGAUUCGUGUGGGUUGGUGUCGGAGAAUCCGUAGCGAAGCCUUCGGCAAACGAGUGUUCGGUUAUCCAAUGGAGACCUCCAUCGAAGAAUAUGUCCAGCACCAGAAGAUGCGUUGGUUAGACCAUGUAUAG